AUGGAAGAAAAGGAUGAAUCUGAACAGUCUAUCUCAGCAGGCAGGCAAGAAAUUCGAAAGAGAAGACGACCCAGCCAGCCCAUGGUAGAUAAAUCCCAGCAGACUGAAGUGACAGAGAAAAAGAAACAAUUGUCUAUACCACAAUCAUCUUGCCCCAAAGCUGCCUUUAGUAUUGGUAAUAUUCCUGGAAGCAAAUUAAACUAUGAAUGUCAUAGAGUAUCUUCUCAACUUCAGCAAACUUGGAUAAAGAGAAAGCGUGUACAGGAUAUGGCUGAUAAGUCUGUGCAGACAGAAGCUAUUGUAGAAGAGAAAAAAGGAGAAAUCAAGUUAGUUUGUGAAGCAGUGGUACCUGAGGAAAAGCCAGCUGCUGUUGAAGUAGGUCCUGAAUUUCCAGAGAGUGUUCAGGAAGUAGAAGUUCCACCAAGCAGAUACUCUGUUCAAGUCAAAACAGACAGAUCUCAGCAGACUACUUGUACUGGAGACUGGACAAUGAUGAACUUUCCUCAAAAAGAGAAACUAGACAAGGAACAGCAGACAUACUUCAGUGAAUCAGAAAUAGUGGUUAUUGGAUGGCCGGCUAAUUCUUUUUCAAAUUCAAAGGAAGGUGCACAGAAGCACAAAUCUUCAGGGAAUAUUUUUGUCAGUGAGCAUCCUGAAUUUCAACCCACAACAAGUAGCAAUGAAGAAAUUAGGCAGCAAAGUAUUAGCAGAACAUUAUCUAUUUCACCAACCAAAAAAGAGUCUCCUGUACCUUUAGAAGAUGAGAAAGAUGUUCCAGUUGAAGUACAGCCUCCUGCUGCAGAAGAGAUCUCUGCUGAAGAACAACUUCCACUAGAUGAGAUUACCGCAGAAGAGCUUCCUGUGGAAGUUCAGCCUCCACCAGCUGAAGAGGCUCCUCUUGAAGUACAGCCUUCCCCAACUGAAGAGGCUCCUGGAGAUGAGGCUCCUGCUAAAGUAGAGCCUAUGCCAGAUGAAGAGCCUCUUUCAGAAGAGCCUCCUGCUGAAGAGGCUCCUGUUGAAAUACAGCCUUCCCCAGUGGAAGACACUGCUGGAUAUGAGGCCCAUGCUAAAGUAGAGGCCACCUCAUCAGAAGAGACUCUUUUAAAAGAGCCUCUUACUGAAGUUCAGCCUCCUUCAGCUGAAGAGGCUCCUAUACAUGAGGCCCCAGAACUUCAACUUUCACCAGCUGUGGAGUCCCCUGCAGAAGAGGCCCCAGCUGACACUGAGCCUCCACCAGCUGAGGAGGCCCCUGCAGAAGAGGUCCCAGAGGUUCAGUCUCCACCAGCUGAGGAGUCCCCUGCAGGAGAGCCCCCAGAGGUUCAGUCUCCACCAGUUGAAGAGGCCCCUGAAGAAGAAGCUCCAGAAGUUCAGUCUCCACCAGCUGAGGAGGCCCCUGCAGAAGAGCCCCCAGAGGUUCAAUCUCCACCAGCUGAAGAGUCCCCUGAAGAAGAACCCCCAGAGGUUCAGUCUCCACCAGCUGAAGAAGCCCCUGAAGAAGCAGCUCCAGAAGUUCAGUCUCCACCAGCUGAGGAGGCCCCUGUAGGAGAGGCCCCAGAGGUUCCAUCUCCACCAGCUGAGGAGACCCCUGCAGAAGAGGCCCCAGCUGAAGCUGAGCCUCCACCAGCUGAAGAGGCCCCUGCAGGAGAGCCCCCAGAGGUUCAGUCUCCACCAGCUGAAGAGGCCCCUGAAGAAGCAGCUCCAGAAGUUCAGUCUCCACCAGCUGAGGAGGCCCCUGAAAAAGAGGCCCCAGAAGUUCAGUCUGUACCAGCUGGGCAGGCCCUUGCAGAAGAGCCCCUGGAAGUUCAGCCUCCACCAGCUGAGGAGGCCACUGAAGAGGAGGCCUCAGAAGUUCAGUCUCUACCAACUGAUGAGGCCUCUGCAGAACAGGGCCUAGGAUUUCAGUCUCCAGCAGCUGACAAGGCCCCUGAAGAAGAGGCCCCAGAAGUUCAGUCUCCACCAGUUGACAAGGGCCCUGAAGAAGAGGGCCAAGGACUUCAUUCCCUACCAGCUGAGGAGGCCCCUGCAGAAGAGGCCCCAGCUGAAGCUGAGCCUCCACCAGCUGAAGAGGCUCCUUCAGAAGAGGCCCCUGCUGAACUGCAGCCUCCAUCAGCUGAAGAAACUACUUCAGAAAUGGUCUCUGUUGAGAAACAGCCUUCACUCACUGGAGAGCCCUUUAUUACACCAAUCUCUUUAGAAGAAAUCUCUGCUGAAGUUCUGCUUCCACCAUUUGAGCAAACCCCUGCAGAUGAGGCUCUUGUAGAGAAUGUGUCUCCAGUAGAUCAGGCUCCAAAGGAGGCAGACGUCCUGGUAGCAAAAUUAGAAUCAGGGAAUUUGGAUGAUAAGCCAAAAUCUGAAGAGCCUUUAGAACGGGAUACUGUUCCUAAAGAUUCAUCUGAUACCAAGAAUGAAGGGGUUUCUUUUGAAAUACAGGGUGUGAUCCAUAUAGAACUGGAACAGGGGCCUCCUCCUCAGCUGUGGUCUGAUCUUAACUAA